AUGACGAACAUCUCCAGCUUCACGUUCGACCCGGUUUCGCCGAGCCCGAAUUGGUCGGUGGCGAGCUUUCGAAAAUACGCGGAGAAGCUGCGUGAAGCGUGCGAGUGGAUGGAGAACGCGUUGAACCUGCCCUUUCAGAAUUGGCAUGCCAUUUCGACGUCUGAGACGUUUGUGAACGUUCUCUACAGCUUGCCGUGUCCGCAUGAAACGGCCAUUCUGGAGCGUCUCGACGAGCUCCAAGACGUGAAAAAGACGGUAGAAGCCGCUAAAACUUGCGUUCUCGCCUUUCUAUGUCGUUUGCUUUAUCCAUGGGAGGCCUCAAACGAGCGGCUACAAAUCUCCCAGUCCGUCGACAAGGUGCUGAACGAGUUCCCGCUGCGCCACUUUGCUCGCGCGCUAUUUCUACUUGCACCCGAAAAGGGCACUUCAUUCGACCAAAUGUUCAUCGCCAUGCUGACGAAGCUGAUCGCGGAGGCCGUGGAGUUCAAGGACGCGAUCCGGGACACGAUACGCUAUUUCGUGAAGAACCUCCGCGCCACCGAUCAACUCCUCGGCCGUUCGGCAGCUCUCCGCCCGGAAGCCGUGUACCCGCUGAUGACGCUGCUCACCGAGCAGCUCUUCUCGCUUCGUCGGCUCAUCGAAUGCACAAAGGAGACGGGCAUGAGGGUCGAGGCUCGCAGUUUUAUGGAUUGUGUCCCAUCGCUGCUCGACAACAUUUUCAAGAAGCUCAACGACGAGCUGCUGUACAACGCUUCGAUUCACCUGGCUCGGAAUGAUGUACAACACAUCUUCAAAGCUCGCCACUUUGCCGAUAAGCAGGCCGUCAAGCUCUACCUGCUCGGGCUCGAGUCGCUCAACUCGGCGGUGUACGGCUCGACGUUGGCCCAGCAUUUGGCGAGAGAUCGUCUGAUCUACUUGAUCGACGAGGAGAAGCCGCUGCAGAAGCUUCUCGCGCGGGAUGACCCGCAAAAAGAACCCGUCAUCGAGGCCCUCGCCACAAUCCGCGAAUCGCAGCAGAUCAAGCUCACCCAGCAGAUUGACCGCGCCGGGCUCAUCGAGGAUUUCGGCAAACUCACGCAUCUACUCGGCCCUGAGGCGGUGGCAUACGAGAAUAUAUGCCAAAUUCUGCCCGAUCUACCGCCAGUUUUUGUUUCGCUCGCCCUCGCCCACCACGGCUACGACGAGGAGAAGACGCUCGGCGCCAUCCUAGCCUCCGAGCUUCCCGUCUACCUCGAGCGGCUACGUGGAGCCAACAUCGUCUCCCACGGUCUCCCCAAGACGUAUCCGGUAAUCGACUCGAGCCUCGCCGAGAUGACGUGGCCGGAGACGUCUUCAAGCCGUUCAGCUGUCGCCCCUGGCCCUGCCGGGUUCACCGAGGAAACGCCGAAGAAGGGCCUCUUCUCCCUGGCACCGGUGAAGAAGGCGGAUGCCGACGAGGUGAAGAAAGAGGAGCCCGAGGCGGUGAACACCGACUCGGAGAAGAUCAAGAAACUCCAAAUGGCGUUGAAUCGAUUGAAGGCGACGACCGUCGAGGACGCGUCGACUUCAGAGCGUCUCGUCUCGAUGUCGACGUCGAAAAAGCACUUCACCCCCGGCGGCUUCAAGCAGAGCCAGGCGGACAAGUCCCUCCUCCGGCCCUCCUACAACAAGUACAUGUACGAGACGAACACCGAUGACGAGGAGCCGUUGGACGAGUGGCGGAAUGAGCCGCUGAAGAAGGAGGAAGUGACGCAAACGGGUCAUCACAACAAAUACGGAACUCCUGGCGGCGAGCAGCAAGGGAAUGCCGGUGGUGCUCAGGGAGGUCAUCGAGGAGGAGGAGGUCACGGCGGCCACGGGCGAGGACGCGGUCGCGGCAGGCCCUUCCCGAGGCGC